AUGAUCGGCAUCAACGACCACAUCUAUCUCUCACCCGCAUGGGCACCAGGCGCCGGCGAGCCGUACAUGGUCGCUCGAGUCAUGGAGUUUGUCACCGCAGCUUCCUCCCGCAGUGGUGCAGCAGCGCUCGCAAGCUCAUCCGGCACGCUGCAAGUCAGAGCCAAUGUCUUCCUCCGCAUGCGCGACAUCAGCCUUCGCAGCACCAACGAUCCUCGCCUACUCGUCGCCACCAUGCACUCGGACGUCUUCAGUCUCGAAAACGUGCGUGGCAUCUGCGAAGUCCGCCACCGAGACUUGAUAGGCUCAGGCACCGCGCCGGACGUCACUCAGUGGAAGAAGAAGGAGGACCAUUUCUACUACUACCAGCUCUACGACCGCUACAUCCAUCGCUUCUACGACGUCGUUCCCACCGAAAAAGUUCAGAACGCGCCACCAGAGGUGCUCACCACGCUGCGUACUCGCUACUCUUUCGUCGUCGCCGAGACCGGCAUGAUCAACGACCUCACCGACGCUCUUCGAGGAUGCGCCGUCUGCCACCGUUGGGCAUCAGGUCCUGAAUCGGUUCGCUGCGACACUUGCAAGAAGUUCUUCCACAUGAAAUGCCUCAACCCACCACUCGUCUCCAAGCCUGCCAAAGGAUACAGCUGGACCUGCGCACCAUGUUCGCGCCGACACGAGCAGGAUGUCGAGCUCACUCUACACACGGGAGGACAGCUCAUGUCGGCCUCUUCGAGCGCCAAUGGCGGCACGUCCAACAGCCAACCUAGGUAUCAGAUCACAGCUGUUGCCAACAGAGGCCGUGGCGCGCCGCGUGGCCGUGUUCGACAGUCUCUCAUCAGGCGAGGCACUGCAGGCAGAGGUGAUGACCUGGUUUCAGCGAGCAACACCCCCGACAGCAGCCCUGUGCCCGAAAAGACGAACGACGAUAUUCGCGGCACACGUUGCUUCAAUCGCUGGCCCUAUCGCUACUUCGGUCAGCAUACGAACGCUAUGGACGUGCUUGAUCCACAUGACUCGGUCUAUCCCAUCGCGACCACUCGACUUGGACCAAAAUACCAGGCGUCCCUACCCACGUGGGAAGAGCAGCAGGAGGCGGGUCUCGGCGUACACUGCCGCACCAAGGAGAAGAUCAAGGAAGAUGAGGCCGCAGCAACCGCAGCGGCAACAGGCGAAGAAGCAGCGCUUUCAGCGAGCGCAGUCCAGCCCAGCGCUCCACCCACGAACUCACACAAGAAGAAGGGCCGACCUUUCAAGCGCAAGCGUGAGGCUGCCGAAAGGUCCGACACUCCUACCACGGGUACUAGCACUCCAGCCGCUGCGCCUAUCCCGCUCUCUACGGAGGAUCCCGAAUUCGAGCGAGGCGGUGAUACGAGCGUCGAAGCCAUCUUCUUGCCAUCUAUGCCAGAGAACGAGCAGGUGCUUAACGCAUACGUCCAAGCUGUGCAAUCGCACUUCAAGACAGUCCCACCUCAUCAUGUUGAUCUGCUCAAUCGCACUCUCAAGACGUUCACCGAAAAGGAAGGUGAUCCGGUGCAGGCGCUAAUGUCCAUGUCCGCAAGCACCACAAAGCAGCUGCGCAUCGACCACUGGACGUCCAAGGAAGCCAAGCAGUUCGAUUCGGGUAUCGCACAAGUCAACUCGGACAUGAAGCAGCUCAAAAAGUUCAUUCCUAGCAAGAAAGUGGCCGAAAUUGUGCGCUACUUCGCCGUCUGGAAGAUGGCCAGGAUCAAGGCUGACUUCGAAGCGUCGCAGCAGCACCAGCAACAGCAACCGGUCAAAGCGGCGUCAACUGGCUCGAAGAAGGACAGAGCGAAUGGAGCCAAUCGCCCAUCCUCGACCGCCACUGCGCCAGCGGCUCCCAAGCCUACCACGUCGCGCGCGGUCUCGCCCUCGCUGUCGGUAUACGGUGAUGAUGCACCGUCUGGUCCGGCCACCGCAUGCGCCAUGUGCUCGACCACCUCGAGCCGUAUUUGGUACAAGGGACCUGCCUCGCUCGCCAACCGCGUGCUGUGCGUCAACUGCGGUAUCUACUGGCGCAAGUAUGCUGCUGAGACGUUCAACCCUGACCUCGUAUCGGUCAAUACACGGAACAAGUCGAACACGGCUGUGGCCGCAGCCGCCAACGCCUCUGGCGUCUCCGAAGACGGCCUCGGGGUGGCACCACCGUCCAAACUUGCUCGCACCUCGCGCGAUGGCAAAGGCUCCACGCCGGGUACGAGUCCAGCACCUGCGGCUCCGCCACCGGUGCCGCGCCCGGAACCGCUCAAGUGCGUCAUGUGCAAGCGCAUCGAGCCCAAGAAGAAGCUGGCGCAGUGCAGGCAGUGUUCGCUCAGCGUUCAUCAGGGAUGCUACGGUCUGACCGACGCCGAGAUCGAGAUGGACGUAUGGAUGUGCGAUCCGUGUAACAACGAGCAGACGCAGGAGUCCGCUCUGUUGCCGAGAUGCAUCUUGUGCUCGACCGCGGCGCAGGAGGACUCGGCGGCCAACUCGGCGAAGCAUGCGGCUGCGGCUGGUGGAGGUGAGGGCAAGGCGAGGGGUCGGCCCAAAGCGUCUGCCGUCGCUGCUGAAGAUGCGGUCAAGAGGGAGACGGCUUCCACGCCUAUCGCCGCCAACGUCAUCAAAGCGCCGCUCGGUGCGCUCGACGCCUUCAAGCCUACCGAAUGCAACAACUGGGCGCACGUGCUCUGUUCGGUCUUCAUCCCCGAAGUGGUCUACUCGGACACCACGCGACUCAAGACGGUCGAAUCGUGCGGUAACCUGCCCACCUGGCGCUACGAAUCGCUGUGUUGCAUCUGCAACACGCCUCGCGGCGCUUGCGUCAGCUGUUCCGAACCAAACUGUCGGAAGACGUUCCAUGUCAGCUGUGCACACAACCAGCAAGGCUACACUCUGGCAUUUGAGAUCAUCCCCGUCAAAAGCACGAGGCGCGAGGUCAUUCCGACGUUGACGUUCAAAGGUGAAACCGGACACAUGGUGCCUCAGCUGUGGUGUAGGGACCACAAGGAGGUGGCCAAGAGCAAGAAGCUGUACGAUCUGGCAGAGGUGGAUCAGAAGAGCGGAUUGACGAGCCUGCAGAUGUUUGUGCGGGCCAACAAGAAUCUGAACGAGGGUUCGGGUGCAGGAGAAUAUGCGCUGCUCAGAAGGGCCAAGAGGUACGAUUCGUUGCUCGGCGGUUGGGUUGCAGAAGGAUCGCCCGUUGCAGGCAACAAGAGUCUGACGGGUGACGGAGAAGGGAAGAAGAGCAAGUGUUGCGUCGGAUGCAGGACUGCCUUCUCGCCUUUCUGGUGGAAGCUGCCACCACCUAGCACGUCGACGGCUGGAGGGGAUGCACAAGCGGACGCACUCGGAGUCAAAGCAGAAUCGACCCAGAUCCAGCUCUCGUCGACCACGAAGAAGCAAGGCGAUCUGUGUUGCAACUACUGCAAGCAGACGAGGUAUCAGGAUCGAUUUGUUGAUGUAUAA